AUGACCCUGAGAAAGAUGGUUCUCUCUCUGCUUUCCCACACCCAUCUCCUCAAAGACAAGCAUCAACCCUUCCAGCACAACUUCAGGGACUCGGUAGAAGACCUGAGAGCCUGGUCCCGGGAGAUCGAGAAGCACGACGGACUCCACGCUCAAUACACGUGGAUCCGGGAUCACAAAGACGAGCUGCAAGAGGGCAAGAAGCUCGUCCAGCGCGAGAUGCAUAUUAGUGCCCAACUGCUACACCUCCAGACCAUGGCUGACCAGGAGAGCUCCCCCAACCCCUCCCACCAAGAGCAAAUCCUCCAGUACGAGGCCGAGCUCAAACAGACCAACAGGGAGUGUUUGAAGCAUCAGGCACUACUUGCAGACUUGGAGAGCUACAAGCCUCCCGGUCGACUGGCGGGUGAGCACCUGAUUCUCUACGGCCAACACGCAAAUCCCGAAGCGUGGAAGGCCGAGCAAGAGAAGUGUCGACUUCGUGGGGGUUGCUGUAUCGUGCUGGAGGGUUGCGGUACCUCCAUUGUUCUCGGGGUUGUGCCUGUUGUGAGCGGCAUCAAGGAGAGAGUUGUGUUUCUUCAGCACUGGCCACAAUUCAGGUCAUUUGAUUCUUCACCGGCCACUGAGUUCUGA